GCUCCCUAUUGUUGGCUUGCAGGGUGUUGAGGCUUGUGUAGGUAGUUGAGCCUAGCGGGUUGCCGCUUAGGUGAGUAUUUCCAGGUCUUUACCACCCUAGGUUUCUGCGAGUUGGUGGGAGAUGCUGAUUUUGGUGACCCGGAAGAACUGAGCAGCAGGGUGGGGGUGGGUGGCACAUGGUUGCGAGGCAGCCGCUGCCGUUCCGGCUGCACAGCGUUCGCCCGUUGUGCCCGAGGCCCGCGGGUCCAAUUCCAUUCUUGCCCAGUUUCGGGGAAGACCCCACUUCUGCACCACCCGCUCCCUCCUCUCUGCAUUCUGCUUGCCGCGCGGCUGCGAAGCUUCUGACAGGGUUGCCGGGGACGCGCACGCCACGCCCUCCCAGCGAGAGGGGCGGGACUAGGCCGCUGCCGAGGACGGGGGAGGUGACUGGUGAAGCGGAAACCCGCCGGCCAUGGAGCCGGGCCUCCGCGGCCGAGCCGACAAGGUCCCCUCUGACUGCGCCGCACCAUGCGCCUCAGCCUCUUCCGGCGCCUCCUCCUGGCAGCCCUGCUGCUCGUGAUUGUCUGGACGCUCUUUGGGCCCUCGGGCAUCGGGGAGGAGCUCCUGAGCCUCUCGCUAGCCUCCCUGCUCCCAGGCCCGGCCUCGCCGGGGCCGCCCCUGACCCUGCCCCGCCUCCUGAUCCCCAACGAGGAGGCGUGCGGCGGUCCCGGCCCCCCGCCCUUCCUGCUAAUCCUGGUUUGCACGGCCCCGGAGAACCUGAACCAGAGAAACGCCAUUCGGGCCUCGUGGGGCCGGCUGCGCGAGGCCCGAGGGCUCAGGGUGCAGACUGUCUUUCUGCUGGGAGAGCCCAGGUGGGGCUCGCGCGGGAACGACCUGGCGCGGGAGUCAGCGGCCCAGGGGGACAUAAUGCAGGCGGCCUUCCAGGAUUCCUACCGCAACCUCACUCUCAAGACCCUCAGCGGGCUGAACUGGGCCGACAAACACUGCCCUGUGGCCCGCUACAUCCUCAAGACCGACGAUGAUGUGUUCGUCAAUGUCCCCGAACUGGUAUCAGAGCUGGUCCGGCGAGGAGGCCGCUGGGAGCAAUGGGAAAGGGGCAUGGGGCCCCUGAGAAAGGCGAAAGUUGGAGAUGAAAAGUGGGAAGGAGGCCCCACCUUGGCGAGCCAGCCCAUGCCUCUCUUGUACCUGGGCCGUGUGCAUUGGCGGGUGCACCCCUCUCGGACACCAGGGGGCAAGCACCAGAUAUCAGAGGAACAGUGGCCUCCCACCUGGGGCCCCUUUCCCCCCUACGCCUCAGGCACGGGCUAUGUGCUAUCGGCUUCUGCUGUGCAGCUCAUACUGAAGGUAGCCAGCCGGGCACCCCCUCUGCCACUGGAGGAUGUCUUUGUGGGGUUAAGUGCCCGACGAGGAGGCCUCGCCCCAACCCACUGUGUCAAGCUGGCUGGUGCCACCCACUACCCCCUGGAUCGGUGCUGCUAUGGGAAAUUCCUGCUGACAUCCCACAAGUUGGACCCCUGGGAGAUGCAGGAAGCCUGGAAGCUGGUGGGUGGCUCUGACGGGGAAAGAACUGUACCCUUCUGCUCCUGGCUCCAGGGAGUCCUCGGCAUCCUCCGAUGCCGGGUAAUAGCCUGGCUUCACAGCUGAGAGGGCCUGGGUGCCCAGGAGAGGGGCGAGGAGCUGAGAGUCCAGCCAGCACCCUCACCACCUUCUCUCUCCUGGGCCCAAGGCAGAGGCUCUAGCUGGCUGCAGCCGAUUGGUUGCCCUACAUCAGAUGCUUAGUCUGUUACUGAAGACUGAGGGAUACAGGAGACACCUAGGGGGCUGCCUGGCCUGCCAGCCCCAAAGAUGGUCAUCAGGAAGAGCCACACAUGCUGGGUUGUUCUCUCCAGCCACGGCAGGGGAGGGGCACAAGCCCCUCAAUAAACUUGUCUCUUUUCCUCUUGAGUACAGUGUGGUCCUCACCAGGAGUCUCCAAUCACAAACCUGGGGAGCCUGAAGGCUACCAGAGCCUGCUGGAUGGAAAGGACAUCUCCAGGGAUGUGGGAGAGGGAGGAGAGCCUCUCCCUGGAGGAAGGCCCUAGAGAGCCAGACUAAAGCCACAGCGAC